UCACCACCGCGACGAACACCACCGAACCCGCGAGAGAAACGACCCAAUCGAUCGAGUUUUUUUUUUCUCGGCAGCGGCAGGCAGCUGAGGAUCGAUCGGGAGGCGGCAAGAAGAGCGGAUUCAAGAUGUCGUGGCAGACGUACGUCGACGAGCACCUGAUGUGCGAGAUCGAGGGCCACCACCUCACCUCCGCCGCCAUCGUCGGCCACGACGGCACCGUCUGGGCGCAGAGCGCCGCCUUCCCGCAGUUCAAGCCGGAGGAGAUGACCAACAUCAUGAAGGACUUCGACGAGCCCGGGUUCCUCGCGCCUACCGGGCUGUUUCUCGGACCAACCAAGUACAUGGUCAUCCAAGGUGAACCUGGUGCUGUCAUCCGCGGCAAGAAGGGAUCAGGAGGCGUGACGGUGAAGAAGACUGGGCAGGCGCUGGUGGUCGGCAUCUACGACGAGCCAAUGACCCCAGGGCAGUGCAACAUGGUGGUCGAGAGGCUUGGUGACUACCUCGUAGAACAAGGCCUGUAAAUCACCAUUGUUGUCGUCGCCACAGUUCAGCAACAAACCAGGAAAACGAGCUGCCUACAACAUAUAGUAGAUCUCCAUGCAUUUUUCUAGCCACCGUGCAUGCAUGGGAUUAUGGAUUAUUUUUUGUUUUCCUACUCUUUCUUUGUCACCACCGGUUGUUGUGGAUUGCCGAUCUGGUUAUAUAUUUUUUUUUUGUUUUGAUCCAACGUUCCUUCAUGCCGAUUUGGGCUAAUAAUUUUGUGUUUUGCGGUUGGCCGGUUUGGUCAUUUCAAUUGCCAUUUGAGUCUGGGAUAUGUAACAACAAAUGUAAUUAAAUCCACAAAAUUUGAAGCAAGAUUCAUUAAAAGAAAAUA